AUGCGAGGAAGUCGAAAUUUGUUGGUGAGUAUGAGAAACAGUGAAAGUGUUGGAAAAAUUCAAGAAAAGCAUUUUUACGGAUAAACGACCGAAUUUUCGACAAAAACUCAAUGCUGAAGUUUAUUUUCUUUUGAAAAAAUCCUCAAAUUUUCAGGCAACUCGAAUGGCGUCGUCGCGUGCUUCUGGAGCUUCCGCGGGCAUCAAAUUCGUCGGAUUCGCCGUCGGUACAGCCGUCGCCGGAGCUGCCGGAGUCGCCGGAUACGCUUCCUACGACAACGAAUUCAGAAAACAGGUUCUCAUCGGUUUUAAUGCUGCUCAAUUUCAAAUGACUUUUAGCUGGAGAACGCGAUUCCGGGCUCGAAAAGUGUGCUGAACUACGCGAUUGGAGUGGAGGAGCCGCCGGCGCCGAGGCUCAAAGAUUUGCGGCCUCUUCAAUUCUCUGCUGUUCGUUUUUCUCCGAAUUGUCUAUUUUUGUAGAGAAAGUUGAAUUUCCGGGUCUAAAAGCGCCCAACAAUUUUUUAGUUACCAAGAUUUUUUGUCUGAUGUUUUCAAUUUUUGUGUGAAAGUGUAAUUUUAAGCAUUUUUCCCAAUUCUAGGACCCAAAAGUGGCUCCGAAGCCGUUCGAGCCGAAGCCGAUCGCCGAGAAGAAGCAAAUUGAGCUCAAAAAAGAGCUGCUCGGCGUCACAACCGACAGCUCGAAAACUCGACCCAAAAAGUCGCAAAAUCCGUAUCUGGGACCUCAAAAUCAGCUGGAAAAGAACGAAAAACUAACAGAGGCGCUGAAAACGCGACUGGCCGAGGCGGAGAAAGCGACGAAAGUGGCGACAAGCGGGAAAUUGAAAACGAUCCGAGCCAUCGAGCACCACAUUCAGAUGAUCCGCGAGGCGAUCGAGGCCGGAAAGGACGCCGACUGGGAUACGGUCACUUUGGCCCAUUUGGCCGCCAAGCGCUCCGCCGACAAGGACUUGGAAGCAGAGAAAUCGGCCAGAAAUGCCAUCGCCGAGCUUGUCACGGUUUGCAAUUUUUUGUAAUCUGUGAAAACGCGCAUUUUCAGGAGGCGAACCUCGGCGGACAGGGCGAAUCGACGCAGCUGAAUCCGCUGGUGCCGAUUUCGAAAACGACGGCGUCGAAAUUGUCGAACGAGCUGGACGAGAUGGUUUCGACGGUCAAACACGUGGAUUCGGAACGUCUUUUCGUGCGGGACUACUCGGAGAAAGUGGCAGAGAGCCGGAAAAAGUUUCUGCUCGAAUUGAAGGCGAUCCAUCCGAAAUUGGACUACGAGCACGGAAUGGAACUCAAAAAGGGCGAUCUGAAGACGAUUUUGGCGCACGCGCAUUUGAGAGUCGACCAAUUGAACCAGCAAUUAAUCGAUCACAAGGUUCGCACCGCGGUUUUGUGCAAUUUUAGAGCUCUCCGUGGUUUUUCUGCAUUGAAGUUUUUGUAACCAGUUUUUAUCAAUUCCAGCAGCUUUGGCGAGAGCAUCCCGAAAUGGAAGUGCCACAGAAUUUACUGCGGGAGUUCCAUUUUAGAAUGCUCUCGUUUUGGCCGGAUUUAGAGCUGAAAUUUUUAAAUAAUUGCUCACAAUUCUCCAGCUGAACGAAGAGAAGCGCGUCCGUUCGAUUGUAGCUCAAAAAAAGCAGGAUUUGCUCGAAAAACUGCGUCUCGAAGCGGAGGAAAAAGCGAAUAAGCAAAACUUGACCACGCCCACUUCUACUGUCAUUCCGCAGGUUCGUUCGAAUUUAUUACAAAAUGCCAUCUAAUUGCAAACCUUUCUCCCAACUUUUCGGAUGCGCAAAAAUACAGCUUUCUUCCUAAAAUUGCCCAUUUUUGCAGGCUGACCUCAAAAAACUGGAAGAUGAGCUCGCUCUGGCUACAGCCGACAUCCAGAAGGCGUACGACGAGAAGCUGAAGGAAGUGGUACGCACUCAGAAGCAAUUGUACGAUAUCGAGCACGCGAAGGACGUGGAAAAGGCCGUCAGCAACGAGAGAAAUGUUAGUCGGCGAAAAAAAUGAGAGAAAUGAGAAAGAACCGUCAGCAAAACAAUGAAAUCUAACGAACAAUUGAGAAAUUAGCGAAAUGCUUUAAUUUUUCAGCUGCACGCCUCGGCCAUCGGAAAAGCGCUGUCUCAACUGGAAGGCAUCGAAACGGCGCUCGCCGGACACCUCCAAAUGGAUAUUGAGAAUCGAAAGUCAGCAAAAAUGGGAAUACUUGUCUAUUUUACCCUUUCAGAUCGAAACAAAUGUGGUUGGCGACUCAAAAUCUGAAGGAAACGGUGAUUUUCGGGAAUCGAGCCAGUUGUUGUAUGGAAGGAAGACGCGCGCCGUUGGGGGCACAGCUCAAGGUGAAAAUUGAGAGAUUAUGGGAUUUGUAGACAAAUUUUGACGAGAGUCACGAAAUUUUGAACAAAAUUGUGAACGAUGCGUGUUUGUCUUAUUGCAACUCGCAAAAAGAAUUUGCAGACGCUCGUCUCGUGCGCUUCCAACGACCAAUUCGUAAAGCACGUCGAAGCUGCGAUGCCGAAAUUGUCGAAAGUGAGAGGGGAAUACACGGAAGAGGAUCUGAACACCCGCUUCAACAAGGUAAACACAACCACGCAAUAUUGAUUCGAAAUUUUGGCUCGCACAAUUUUCGCAACCGGGCGUUUCGCAACCAAUUCCGCGACCGGUGUAUAGCACUAGUAUUGUGCACAAUUUGUGCGUUGAAAGUAUAGAAAAGUCAAAACGUUUGAUGUUUUAGCUGAUCUAGACACUUUAAACUAUAUUUUGAAAUUGACCGUGUCUAAAGCAUAAAAAAUUUGAAUUACUGUAGGUGUGCCGCAUCGGACGUCGUGUAGCGUAUGUGAAGGAAAACGGCGGAGCACUGAGUCACCUCUACUCGUGGCUCAAAUCAGCGCUCACUUUGUCGUUGGUCACUCCCGAAAUCAGGUGGGUAGAAAAGUUCUCUCUGCGAAAAAAAACGAAAAAAAUUCGAUUAGUUUUAUGCUCAAAACAGAAAAUCUGCAAUUUUCAGCAUCACUCCAUUAGAGGAGACGAACAUUAGCCUUCUGGCGCGUGCCGAAAAAUUGUGGAAGAACGGAAAGAAAGCCGAUGCGAUUCGCCUGCUUCAGAUGACCGACGGAGCUACCAGAAGGUUGGGUUUUGAAAUAAAUGAGACUUUUUCCCGAAAUUUUAAAGAAAAGGUCCGUUAUUGUGAUUAAAAACCCGGGCUGAGCAAAUUUCGGCCCGGACCUUUUAAGGCCUGGACUUCUGACUCACUUGCAAUGAUCCGAUCGGGCUCAAACGUUGCAUGCUUCUUGGACUUGGAUUGAAGUAUAUUGGGUUCAAGUUUCAGACCGAUCGGAUUAUUUUCUCUCGAGAUAUGUAGAUCAGAGGCCUAAAAGGCCGCAAUGAGCCGGAAUUUGCCGAGUCCUGUUCAAAACAGAAAAAAUCUGGAAAAAUGUUAUGCUACAUCACUGAACGUUUCAAAAAAUCAAAUUUCAGAGUGGCUUCGGAUUUCAUCCAAGACGCCCGUCGCCAACAAGAAGCGCUCUUCCUCUCGCGGCUCCUUCUCGCCCAUUCGGCCCUCGUUUCCAUCCGUUCCACUUAUUGA